UCAAUAAAAUUACAGUAAUUUUAACUACAGUAAAUUACAGUAAAAAGUAAAAAUCAUGUCAGUAUGCCCUUUAAUAAAUCUACAACAUUUAGAUGUAAUGAAAGGUUGCAUCAUAUUUCAAAAUGUUGCACUCGACAUAUUUUAGUCUGGCAUUAUAGUUUGGGAAAAGUUCAACUAGUGAAUGUGUACAAGUUUGUCACAGUAACACUAAUAAAGUAAAAAAAUAAAGACUCAUCAGAAUGAGAUCAACCGCUGGAUUAAACCGCAUCGGCAUCACAAUUCAAGGUUUAUUCCUCACAGCACGCCUUCUUCCAAAAACGAAAAGUAGCCGAGAUGAACUUGAAUCUUUGUACAGAGGUGACGUGAGCGUUUACAUGUUCGCGCGUCUCAAGCUUGGUUUCGCGCGGAUGGUUAUCUUAGCGCGCGAUGUGCGUGGGCAUGAUCACAUUAAAGCUGAGUUCAGACGGGAAAGACUGGACCUCGCGUUGGUUUCAUACGGAUUAUUUUAUCAUAGAAUAUUUGUUUUCGGCUUGACUUAAUUUAAUAGACACAUCAAGCUUUCUUUAGAUAUAGGCCUACGUAUUUCUCAUGUAAUUUUCGCUCAUUCUAGUGACUCGUUUCAGGAAGAUAUUCACGGAGACUGAGAAUGCAGAAAGCGCACUUGUUUUCUUUAUUUUUUUUUCUUUUAGUUUUUUGUUUUGUUUUUGAUAUUGGGAGUGAAUCAGGGUAUACAAAUAAUAGGCCUACUUAUGUAUUUUAUUUUUUUUUUUUUAGUCAAUAUGAAAUUAAUGAAAUAACUAUGAGUUUCUUUGUAGUGUAUUUUUUAGGUUUGAUAACUUGAAGAGUAAAGUAAACUUGAAAGUAAAGUAAUUAGUAAUCUGAUUACUUUUUAAAUGCAGUAAUGUAAUGAAAUUACCAUUUUAAAGUAGUAAUUAGUCAUUUGUAGUGAAUUACUUUUUUCUUUUUUUUUUGUAACUUACCCAACACUGCUAAUGAAUGAGGUCAGUGGUUUGUGGCUAAAGCGUUUAUUUAUUUUCUUCUUCUACUUUUAUGAACCAAACGAUCUGAAUUUAAUUCCACACAAAACACAUUUAAAGUAAAAAAUAAAAUACAAAAUAUUAAUCCAACAGGCAAUUAUGAAAUCAAUCGUUAUUCUUAUCAUGCAUCAGUUGAAAAGGUAAGAUCAGCAAAAGUUUGUUGAUUUUCAAGAUGUUGAAAGAGACAGACAUGGGAACGGAAACUAACUGAGGUUGGGGGAGGAUUCAACCAGAUACAUAUAGCAGUUCAGUCGUGAGUGUUUUCUCACAUUUUAAGCAUCACUAUAGUGGACUUUUCAGUGAACUGAUGAAGAAAAUGUUUCUCAAAUUAUUUAUGUUCUGUUUGUGGCGUCUGGUUGGAGUGUUUGGUCAAAGUGAAGUGAUGUCAGUGAGGGAGGGAGAUUCAGUCACUCUGAACUCUGGUCUUACCGAAAUGAAGGAUGAUGUGAUUCAGUGGAGGUUUGGAAAUGAAGACACUUUAAUCGCUGAAAUCAAUAAACAGACCGACAGCAUGACUGUAUAUGAAGAUGUUCUUGAUGGGAGAUUCAGAGACAGACUGAAGCUGGACGAUCAAAAUGGAUCUCUGACCAUCACAAACAUGAGAAUUGGACAGGCUGGACGUUAUAAACUCCAGACCGAGAGUGUGAGAAUGCCUUUUACUCUCAUUGUCUUUGAAGACAUAUCAGUGAUGGAGGGAGAUUCAGUCACUCUAAACUCUGGUCUUACUGAAAUGGAGGAGGGUGAUCAGAUUCAGUGGUGGUUUGGAUAUAGGCCUAAAGGCACUAUGAUAGCUGAAAUCAAUAAACAGGCAGACGGCAUCACUGUAUAUGGGGGAUUCAGAUACAAUCUGGACAAACAGACUGGAUCUCUGACCAUCACAAACGCCAGACAUGAACAUGCUGGACUUUAUAAACUACAGCUCAACAGUGUUAUCAAGAGUUUCAGUCUCACUGUCUACGAAAACACUGAUCCAGGCCUCUACACGACUCCGUUUCUCCAGAAGAAAAGAUCAAGCUCAUCUGCCAGUUCCUGUCAUCAGCAGAAACUGCAUACAAUGUUCUCUAUCAUCAUCAUCAUAUUGUUCAUUGUUGUGUUCAGUGGUGAAUGUGGGUCAUGUGAUUCUCUCCUGGUACAAAGGAAACAGUUUAUUGUCCAGCAUCAGUGUGUCUGAUCUCAGCAUCAGUCUCUCUCUACCUCUGGAGGUGGAAUAUCAGGAUAAAAACACCCACAGCUGUGUGCUCAACAAUCCCAUCAGCAACCAGACGAGACAUCUGGACAUCAGCAAACUCUGUAAAUUCUCUACGAUCAUAAUUGUGGCUACUGUCAUUCUUCUGGUUUGUGACAUUAGAUCUAGAAGAGCUUAACAAGAUCAAGCAAAUAUUCACACAGAAACACAUCAGUCAUCUUCAUGUUUGAUUUGGGGCUUCAAUGGCUUUUGCUUUUAAAAAUGUACCUGUCUUUCAGUAUUAUUAUUGUAAAGAUUCAGUUUGACGGAUUUGUUUAUGUCUGUCAGAUUAGACACAGUUUUCACUUUUCGGUUCAUUUGUCAUCUGUAUUUGCUUGCCUUUAUCAAUAAAGCUUUCUCACUCUGAGCUUCAAGAGUCUCUCCAUGUUUGAUUGAGGGCACUUGUGCGCAUGUGUGAGGUAUAGGCACGUUUGGCUUGAGCUCCUCUCCGUGGUCUCGACAAAGUUAUUAACUUACCGUAUUUUAUUUAGAUUUU